CGGAAGGGAGAAGCGCUUCCGGUUAGGCGGCGUGAAGAGGGGGAAAGCGCCAUAGAGUGCCGCGGCCAGAGGGGCUAGGAUGCGGUACAACGAGCGGGAGCUGCUCUCGCUCUCCCGGCAGCCGGCGGAGAAGGCGGCCGAGGUCCUCAUGCGGGCCCCGAAGAAGGGCAGCGUGGUGAAGAAGCGCCUGGUGAAGCUGGUGGUCAACUUCCUCUUCUAUUUCCGGACCGACGACGCCGAGCCUAUCGGCGCUUUACUGCUGGAACACUGCAAGAUCAGCCGAGAAAAUGGAAAUGUUUUUUCUAUCAGUUUUCUCGAGGAACCAGAGAGGAAGUACUACUUUGAGUGUGACACAGACGAGCAGUGCCAGGAGUGGAUCGAGGUCCUCCGGCGGGCCAGUUAUGAAUUUAUGAGAAGCAGUUUGAUCUUCUACCGGAACGAGAUCCAGAAGAUGACUGGAAAGGAUCCUUUGGAACAAUACGGCAUCUCGGAGGAAGCUCGCUUCCAGCUGGGCGCGCGGAAGCUGUGAAAACAUGGCCAGAGGUGCUCCGGAUCCAUCGCUGUCUUCAAACCUCCAGCUCGGGGAUUCUUUCUUUCUCUCUCUGACCAAGUGAUUUUACCCAUCAUAUUAUUUUUUAAAUGAACAUACAGGAGGAUCUUUGUAACGUUUAUGUUUUAGUUUUGCUUUCCAUCCAUGGAAAGCAAUGGCUUUUUCAAUUCUGUGGAGCACCACAUCCUCCAUUUUUCCCCCCAUCCGGCGGCGAGCAAACGCUGUUGAAUAUUUCGGCUUACGUAAAAUCAUUCCAAGUCCCCACCCCUGCAUUUUUCCUCCAUUUUCUCUCACUUGGCUUUGCUUUAUUUUUCUCCUUUCGCCGGGGCCUGGCAGAUGAAUGUAUUUUUGAAACCUGCUGUGAAAUUUCUCCAAGGGCAUUUUAAAAAUGAUCGUUAAAACUCCUGGGGGGGAGGGGAUGAAAGAGGCAAGACGCCAAUCCAAAAGGGAUGGGGUUUUGGUUAUUUAGGAAGGUUUUAACGGGAGAGGGUUCAGAGUUUUACCCAUUUACAGCCAAAGGAAAAAGACACACCCUGUUUUCCCUCAUCAUCAUGCUUGUUUCUCCUGGGGCAUGGGCAAUCUGAUACCCCUGUACAUGUGAAAUAGGGAUUGGUUUUCUCAGUGAAAUGUCUCUUGUGUUACUUCUGUUAUAUGUACACUAGUUUUGUGUCCUCCUCAAAAAUAAAACAACCAUGUUUUGUUUCUG